CGCGGCUGCUGGAGGUCCGAGCCGACUCUUCUGGAGGGAAUGCGGAUCCCUUCGGGUCUCUCUCUGGUCUCUUUGCGAAGAUUGCUCAGGUGCUGAUUUAAAACAGUGAGUAAACCAACACAUAUCCCAAAGCGCUGCGCUCGUGUUGGGGAGGAAAACAAAGAUUUGAGGACUCCGGAUCCCCCGAGGGCAUCGUGGGACCUGUUUUGAAAGGAGCGGCUUUUGAGACUCCUCAGUCUUGUUUCCAGGAACGGACUGGCUUUGACUGUUUGGUCCGCUCCCUUAUUCGCUGUCAGUAAGUAACAGAAUUGGGGUUCCUUUUUCCUCUUUUGUUUUAAUAAUGGUAAGAUGAUUACUCGGAAUUAAGUUCUUAUUGUGGUUUGGGUGAAUAGGUUUGCCGCUUUAUUUUACAAGGGGAAAUUGGACUCUGUAUUGUGGGAUAUUUUAUUUUGGCAUUGAAGCAUUAAUAUGGCAAGAUAAUAAUAAUAAUAAGAAUAAUUGGAAUAUAUUGCUUAAUAUUUUCUUUGCAAUUUGAUGCUUUCAUUGGGUGACUCCAAGUGUGUAGUGAUUCUAUCGAACAGUGUCCCACUUACCCCUUCUUAGCAAACUUUCUGUGGAGGAAAAAGAAUGGGCAAACAUUUAAAGAUGAAGCUGUAUGUGAGAUGCUCUUUGUUAGGGCAACCGCACAAUAAGAGAUCCCUUGCAAUCAGCCUGAUUCCAAUGGGUGAUUAGAAGACUCAGAUUCUUUGAGUGCUUUCUAAGAAACUCAAGUUUCUUAGUUUGAGUUUGAUCUGGUCCCCAAAUUCUGGUCCCCAAAUUCUGCUGAGCCAUCACGUGGCAUGUUUGAUUUUAGCUUAAGCAGUUUAUUGAAAUGGGUUAAAAAUUUAUAGUGGUUUAUUAUGGUUCAAUGUUAUGAACCUGGUCCAAAAGCCUACAGCUUUGUCCUGUCAUUUGACAGCACUCAGCUGAUCUUGGACCUAGUUAACAGUUGGAUGGGAAACCACCAAGUAGCAAUACAGGUAGCCCUUGACUUAUGACCAAAGUAGCACCGUAAAUUUUUUUGUUAAGCAAUGCAGUCAUUAAAUGGGAAAUCACGUGACUGUACACAAUUUUUUUUGCCAUAGUUGUUAAGCAAGACUUCACAUUACUGUGACUUGCAGCCUUCCCUGCUGGCUUUCCCAUUGACUUGGCUUGUUGGAAGCAAGCGGGGAGGGUAACAAAUGGCAAUUUCAUGACCAUGGGAUAUUGCAGCCAUCAUAAAUGUGUGACAAUUGCUAAGGACCUGAAUCACAAUCAUGUGAUUGCUGGGACACUGCAACAGUUUUAAGUGUGAACACCAGUUGUAAGUCACUUUCUUCAGCACUGUUGUAACUUUGAACAGUCACUAAAUGAACGGUUGUAAGUUAAGGACUGCCUGUACUAAACAUCUGCUAAAAUAAUGGUUAUAUGGACAAUGCGUACAAAUGUAGUGUUUGUGGAACAACAGCCCUAUGAAGAAACUAUCAAGGAGAAAACAUUGCCCCAUCUACACUGACAGGGCAAGCAAGUUUAUAGAAAAGAAAGUGAACCCAAUUCUGUUCCAGCACUGAAGAUGUUACCUACUCAAGCAAUGAAACAUCUGCAUGAAAACAACUCAGUUCAGAGAGCACCAGGACUCCACAGGAUAAUUCUGAGCUGCAUAUAUUCUCUUCCUUGCCAGCUCCCCACUGACAUUGGGGUUCCCCAUAUGGGCAUCAAAUGCUUUAGAAAGCAUAUGAAAGCAAAUGAGAGAAAUUUGCAUGCAGGCAAACCUCCACCCAGGAACAGCUGUUCUUUCUGCAUGGAUGCCUACAAUAGCAUGUCCACAAGUGUCAGAUACAGACUCCAGUAAAUGGCACAACUGGAUGGGAAAUAGCAAAGUGGGCAAAAAGUAAUUAUUAUAAUGAUCAUGGAUGUAUAUCUUAUAUUAAAAAAUAAUACUAGCACACCAUAGAUAACACCAAGGAGCAACUGGUGUCCCAGAAUUAUGUCCCAGAACAUACAAUGUUCACAACUGCCACCAAGACUACAUUUCUAAGGCCGGCUAUAAUGAGGAAAGCGGAGCUUCAAAGCAAACUGCUCAAAUUAAUCCCCAGGAGGAAAGAGAUACCUGAAUCUGACUGAGUUGACAACUUGUCCAGCUGCCCACUAUUCACGACAGAACACAACACCCUACACGAAGGCUUCAAUUAUAACAUACUGUAAAUGAUGUCAAUUAGAAUUUUUUGCAGCCUUGGGAGCAGCAUUUAAAACCACAGGACUUAUCAUAGAAACCCAAGAGAAUGUAAUACAGAUGAUCAUAUCAGAGACCAUAAGAGCACAGAACUAGAGCCAAUUCAAAGCAGAAGACAGAGCAACUCUCAAAAACCCAAAGAAGGACCAAACCUCCUCCUCCCAGCAGACAAAGACGGUACCACAAUUAUCAUGGUCAGAUCACAAAGGGAACUGCAUCUCUAUAAAAACAACCCAGAGCAGAAACCAGACAACCUGAUCAAGAGAACCCUUAAUGAGCUAAACACAAGUCAAAUCAUAAAACAACAGUAGCGGAUGAAAAGCAGUGAAUCCACCCUUCCAUACUUCCAUGAACACCCCAAAAUACACAAGCCAAAUAUACCUCUUUUGAGGGGUCCUUUGAGUGCUAGUCUAGCAUGGAUGAUGUUGCCUAGUUUGGGUAAUGAAACAUCUGCAAGAAAACUACCGAGCUCUGAGACCACCAAGCAUCUCUCCUUUCAACCCUGAGCUAUAAAUAUUCUCCUUUAUUGAUACCUCUUUAUCCAAGUGUAUUGUUACCAAGGUCACCAAAGUACAGCACAGGUAAAGAAUGGCUUGAACACUUCACAGAAGUGAGAACACUUCACAGAAUAUUCUAUCAAAUCCUCACUACAGGACCUCCAGUAAUGGAGGAGAAUGAGAUUAUGGUUUCAUUCAGUGUUAUAACACUCUUUACAUCCAUAGAUCCAGAACUAACAAAAUAAUCUAUGGCAGCAAUACUACAUAGCACACCUAGCCUUCAACUAAGGUUGUAUUACUCACAAACAUGGACCUUAUCAACCUCUGCCUAUCUACCUACUUUCAGUUUGAUGGGCAAAUACGUCAACAAAUCAGAGGAACACCCAUAGUAUCACUACUCUCAGGAGUCGUAACAAAGACUAUAAUGCAGCAUCUAGAAACUAUAGUACUCCCACACAAUCAAAAGAAUGGGUCUGGAAUGUAGAUGAUACCUUUAUCAUAAUAAAAAAGAGACAAUUGGAGAAGACACAUGAAGCCAUCAACAACAUCUUCAAAGGGAUAAAAUUUUCAACGGAAGAAGAUGACAACCACACACUACUUUUGACAUCCCCAUCAGCAAAGGGAAUGGUGGCAAAUUAGAAACACAAGCCUAUCAAACAACCACCUCCAUUAAACAAGUGCUCCAUCACUAAAAUAACAACCCAGCUUUGUAAGAACAUUAUUCAGAGGACCACAAGGACACUGCAGCAAGUCGGAGGAAGCAAACACCAGAAGGAGGAAUCAGACUAUCUUUACAUUUUCCAACAAAAUGAAGAAGGUUUCACUAAUGCUGCAGGUUGCAUCAAUGUAAACAAUGUCCUGAAUAUACAGAUAAAAAAAUAAAUACGUUUUUCCAUAUUUAACUAUUUUAAUUAGUUAAAGUUUCUGUCAAUUUGGGAAUGGGACUGUUAGCUCUUUGCUGGAAGGACAUUGACUCUUGAUGGCUGGGGUGAUGGAAGCUGUUGUAUAGCACAUCUGGGAGCCAUCAGUUUGUGAAAAACCGUUGUAGAAAUUGCUUGGAUUCAACUUCAUUGAGGAAAAUGAAGAAAAAUGAAAACCUCAUUUUUACAGCUGACAGUUCCAACUGCUGGGCCCUCCGUGAAUAUUGACAUACUGCAUGCACGAAGGUGUUUUUGAAUGCACAGCAUUUCUUUCUUUCUUUUGUUUUACAUGUUUGAAUCCAGAUUGCAAAGCGAUGUAUUUCCAGGAAGAAAAAACAGUUUUUAGUAAUGAUUAUUAUUUUUAGAUCAAAUUAAUUGCAUCUGGUUAUAUAGAUGUGAAUCAAAUUGAUAACAUUUUUACUGCUUUAACCUGGUUAUCUGUGGAAGAGAUUGUCUAUAGUGGAGUUAUUUCUUUGGCUCAAAAAAUUCAUCUGGAACCACUUUUAGUGCCCACCAAAUCUGGUAAAUUUCUCUUUAAUCUGCAUGUAUUAAUCAUACAUCUGAGUGUAUGAUAACAGGAAUGUGGCACAUUGAGAUAAUUUCAAGAUCAAAAAGGCUGUAGCUCUGUGACCCACUCCUCCAACAACUGUAUUUUUAACUGACAGUUUAUGGGGGCAGGAAAAUGACCCAUUUAAGAAACAAUAAGCAACACUCAAGAGGAUUAUAUAAAAAUGGGUCAGUAGAGGAAGGACAGAUAAUCAGGCUGCAUCUGUUUACAUCUUGUAGACUCUGCUGGCAAAGCCAUAAAAUAUCUAUGUGGCAUGAGGUUAGAUUCAAGUGAGCUUGUUGAACAAAGUGCAUGACAUAAAUUAGACUACACUGAACAACAGCAUGCCUUCUAAUCAAUUUAUCCUAAAUUACAGUUAUUUAAUCAUAUUGGAGUUUGUAGUAUUUGAUUUUUUUGGUAACUCAGUGAAAAUAUACAAUACUACACAAUGUUUUUACUUUGAUCUUGGACAACAUAAAGUAAAAACGUCAACAAUAUGAAAUUAACAAUUGCAAUGUGUAUUAAUAGAAUUUCUACUGAAGGUUGUGAACAGAUAUGAACAUCUGUUUAAUUUAGAUUAUUCUGUAAUCCUUGGGGAUGGUAUGUUCAAAUCACAGAACCAAUUAGUUAAAAAAAUAUCCUAGUAUCUUGAUUAAGAAACCAAGUCCAGUAGUAGAAAAUUGGCUGUGCUUAAGUGAACUACUUUGGCGGAGGUGGGGUGGGGUGGGAGGAAUUGUCCUUACUUUUUCAUAGAAACUCAUCAGUUCACAGAAACCCACCAUUUGGAAAACCAAUUAAAAAUGAUUCUCUGAAUCUUUUGUUAGAAAUAGCUCUGUUUUUGCUGGAUAGCUUAUUUGUGUGAAUUGGCUUUAGAACCAGCAAUACAAUAUUAAUCCUGAGUAUGUGGGUUCAGCUUAUCUUGAUCUGUCUAUUGGGUUGUCACUGAAGAUUAUGUCUCCACGUUUAUCAGUUAUAGAAAGGAGUUGGGCUGAUGAUGUUAUUAGGAUGACUUGGGAUGAUGAUAUUACUAAUUUCUUGGUACUCAAUAGCUUUGAAACUCAUUGAAUUCGGUACUCAGUGCAUUUUGACAUGAAAAUUUUGUCCCAGCACUUGUUUGUUUGGUACUCAAUGCAUAGACUAGAAAUUGUCAGUGUCAUCUGCCCUGUGACUCAUUACAUUAUUCCUUAUGGAAAAAUUUGUCUGGUACUGAUCGUUUUUGAUACUUAUCAUGCCUCCCAGAACCAAUUAAUGAUGAGUACCGAGGUACCACUGUAUUACUUCCUUUACCACAGCCCACAGGGCAACCCUCUCUACGUUUUGUGAUACAGAAAACCUGAGGAACAGCAUCCAUGACUAUCUGUGUGUGUGUAUCAAAAUCUGCAAGAUGACCUUUUUCUAGGACAUUAUUUAAAAUGGGGAAAAGAAAGAAAGAGCCAAAAAGGAAAUCCAUUAUCAUGGGCACUGAAGCUGAUCAGUGGAUGUCUGUUUUACCAGAAAGUCUUUGGGCUGUACCUCUCUCUAAUCUGUCAUUACCAGGUAGUCAUGAUGCAAUGACAUAUUGUCUGGAUAAGAAGUCAGAAGUCAGUGCAAAUGGAUCCAAAUUGUUGCAGUUACUGGAUAAACAUAUGCAUUGCAUAGUGCACCCUAUUAUUUUGAGAUGGUCAAUAACACAGGAUCUGACUGUGUUGGAACAAUUGGAUGCUGGAAUUAGGUAUUUCGAUUUUAGAAUAGCUCACAAACCUGAUGAUCCUUCCAUGAAAUUAUACUUUGUUCAUAUGUUAUAUACAACAGUGGAAGUAGAGGUUGUUCUGUGGGACAUUUUACGAUGGUUGAGAAACCAUCCUUGGGAGGUUGUUGUUCUAGCUUUCAGAAAUUUUGAUGGCUUGGAUGAGAAUCAUCACAAUCAUUUGGUCUCCUGCAUAAAGAAGAUCUUCAGUUUCAGAUUGUGUCCUAGAAAUAUUAUCCCAACCCUACACAAUAUGUGGUCAAAUGGCUACCAGGUUAUUGUGUCUUAUGAUGAAAUAAUGCAAGUGAUACAUCAUAGUGAAUUGUGGCCUGAAAUUCCAUACUGGUGGGGAAAUAAGGAUACAGCACGAAAGCUUAUUGAGGUUUUGGAAAAAAGGAAGCAACGUGGUCGUCCAGAUGGAUUAUUUGUCGCAGGAAUCAAUCUUACUGCAGAUUUAGGAUAUAUUUUGACAAAUAUAAACAGCUCUAUUAAAAAAAUGACUCUGAAGGCUCUUCCAUUCCUAAAUUUGUGGGUAAAGAAACAGCAUCCUGGAUCAAAAAAGAACUGCAUCAACAUCAUUGCUGGAGACUUCAUAGAAAAGAAUAAUUUUGUGGAGAAUGUGAUAAACCUUAACAGCAAACUAAUUUUACAAUAAAUCUAUUUUGAUCAUGUUUUGAAAGGAGAUGAUGGAACUAACUGCAAGGAUAAAGUAGGAUAUAAUAGAGCAAAUAAUUCACCUCCCUCAUAGUUUUAACUUUCCAUUAAGUACUUAUUUAAAAAUUGUAUUUAUGCAAUCACUGUAGAAAAUACAAGUUUUGUUUUUUUUAAAUCUUUCAUGGAAAAAAUGGUUCUCCUGCAAAAGGUGCAGCAUCUACAGAAUUUUGAAACAUGGAGAACUUUGAUCAACUAGCUAGUACUGUAUGUUUGACUACCUCUGUGCUGUCCUACUCACUCGUAUGCACACGUAAUGGUGCUUUAGUAGGUUUACACCAAAACCUCAGAACUGUUCCAAUUAAGUCCAGCCAAAAGCAGACCUAUGUUAGUCCACAGAGCGAUGACCAUGAGUUCACAAGGCACUUGAAAGUUUCCCAGGCAAGACAAGCCCACCAGGUAAAAUUAAAUCCACAACACAAGAGGAUUCAUGAGGCAAGAAAAAUCCAGAGAUCACAAAGCAUGUUCCAAAGUAAAGGCACGGUGUCAGUCCAAAGCAAGACAGGAAUCACAAUGACCAGGAAACAUGUAGGUAGGAAAUGAACAUGUUGUCCGCACCAUCGUUUCAAUCUGCCUGCUGUGCCAAAUAGUGCAGCCCAUCAAGAGGGAUGAGGCUACCUCCUCACGAGUAAUCAUACUGACCUUCACUACUCCUGCCUUUUCUCUGUCCUAUGUAUUCUUGGAGCAAGUGCAGAAGGCAGUUCCUCAUCAUCAUCACUAACUGGCUGCAGCUACAUGCUUUCCCCACCUGAAGCCUCAGGGCUGCCAUGCUGCAGCUGUGCGUCAGCCCAAUCGUUUUCAGCCAGCUGCCUGGAGCUUGACCAACUCACCUCCUAAUGUGCCUGGGACUGGUUCAUCCUCCUCCGAACUGACAUCUGGAGAGGUAUUUGGUAAUACAAGCAGGGGAGUCAUCAUACCAUCCAAGAUCAUGCUUGAAAAGAAGUGCAUUUUAGUAAGUAAUGCUUUCCACAUAUACACUUGUGUCAUGGCCCCAUCAGAUCCCGGUUCAGAGGAGGAAGAAGAGUUGGAACUGGGACCAUCCGACAGGGAUGGCACAUCUCCUCUCGAAUGCUUGGAGAGGCCAGGUCCUGAGAAAGCUGCCCUCACAAACAUGGGGGCGGAUAGUCUGCAGACAGGCAAUGGUGUUGAGAGACAGUAGAUCCCCUCUGAUGAAGAACAGCUGCCUCCCCCACUCAAUUCAAGGGCGUGGAGAGUGGAGCAGAGGCAAACUCAAAGGAAGUCUGCAAGGUUGCUUGCGAGAAGGUCACCCUGCCACUCGUCACAAGGAACAUCUGGCUUGGGUUGAAUUAAGCAGAGGCCAGGAAGGGUGUCUUUGCCAGGAACAAUUGUUUGCUUCGGCAUGCACUUCCCUGGCCUUGGAAAAAUUCUGCUUUGAUUUCUGUUUCUGUCUGUGGACUUCGACCCUUGCCUCUGGACUCUUAACCUUGCCCUGUCCACCUGGAAUCUUGUGUACGACUUGUGGACCUUGUCUUGUGGAUUUGCACCUUGUUUUUGUACUUCCUCUCUGCCUUUGUGAUUCAGCUUUGGUGAUUAUUGGCUUUUAUUUGUGGGACUGUGAGUGGCUGCCUUCAGGGAAGUUUGAGGUGGAACUUUGCUGAAGGUUGUAGGUCAGUUUGUUGUUGACUUAGUAGAGCAAUAAAGGACCCUAUUGAAACCUGCCUCUGCCUAGGUGACCUGGAUUGUAACAACUUGACAAAUAUGAGUUUAUUUUUUUAUAUUUAUUUAUUUGUCACAACAAUAUAUAUAGGCAUCAGAAAGAUUAUAUAUAUAUAUAUAGGCAUACAAAAAGAUUAUACAGUAUAUAAACAUAUAUAUGAGGAAAUAUAAGGAAGUAUAAGCAUAUAUAUAAGAAGAAGAAAAAAAACCCAAUAGGACAGGAACGGUAGGCACAUUUGUGUUCUUAUGCACGCCCCUUAUGGUCCUCUUAGGAAUGGGGUGAGGUCAAUAUUAGAAAGUUUUUGGUUAAAGCUUUUCGGAUUAUGGGAAGAGACCACAGAGUCAGGUAAAGUGUUCCAAGCACUGAUGAUUCUGUUACAGAAGUCAUAUUUUCUGCAAUCUAGAUUAAAGCGGUUAACAUUAAGUUUAAAUCUAUUGGUUGCUCUUGUAUUAUUGCAAUUAAAGCUGAAGUAGUCUUUAACAGGAAGGACAUUACAAUAGAUGAUUCUAUGAGUUAAACUUAGGUCUUGUCGAAGGCGACGGAGUUCUAAGUUUUCUAAGCCUAGGAUUUCAAGUCUGGUGGGAUAAGGUAUUUUGUUGUUUUCAGAAGAGUGAAGAACUCUUCUUGUAAAAUAUUUCUGGACACAUUCAAUUGUAUUUAUGUCAGAAAUGUGGUGUGGGUUCCAGACAGGCAAGCUGUAUUCUAGAAUUGGCCUAGCAAAUGUUUUAUAUACUCUGGUUAGUAGUGUAGUGUUUUUGGAAAAGAAGCUACGCAAGAUUAGGUUUACAACUCUUAAAGCCUUUUUUGCUAUGCAGUUGCAGUGGGCUUUGGCACUUAAAUCAUUUGAUAUGAAAACUCCAAGGUCUUUAACAGGGUGGGGGUCAUCUGUAAGGUAAUGUCCAUCAAGAUGUACUUAGUGUUUGGGUUCUUUUUUCCAAUAUGUAAGACUGAGCAUUUGCUGGUUGAGAUUUGGAGUUGCCAAGUUUUAGACCAAGCGAUUAGAUAAUCAAGGUCUUUUUGAAUGGUAGAUGUAUUGUCAGUGGUGUUAAAUAGUUUGACAUCGUCAGCAAAGAGAACACAAUUACUUGAGAUAUGGUCACAAAGAUCAUUUAUGUAUAGAAUGAAGAGUGUUGGUCCAAGAACGCUGCCUUGAGGAACGCCACUCUUGACAGGAACGAACGUAAACAAAGCUGCAAUAUAGUUAGUUUUGGUUCAGUCAUUGUUAUUUACAAACCAUAGUUUGGCAUAGUGUAGCAUAUAGAGCCACUUCUGGUUAAUUGACAAAAUUGUAAUUUAGCACAGUAAGUAAACACAAACCACUUAGUUAAGUCAGUAUUUUUCACACUUGGCAACUUUAAGACAUAUGGACUCCAAUGCCCAAAAUCUCCCAAUCAGUAGACUGGCCUGGGAAUUCUAAGAGUUGAAGUUCACAUGCCUUAAAGUUGCCAAGUUUGAGUAUUAUUGAAUUUAAUUCAAACUAUUAUUGAACUGAUUAUGCAUCUAGCCCAAACCUAGUUGAUGUUAAGUAGGACCAGUUAGGAUUUCAAGCAAGCUUUUAUUUAAACGGUCCAAUAAUUGAAUAUGGAUCUUAUAUAUGCAAAGUUUAGUACAAAUGAGCUACAUUUUGAAAGCUCUAAUGAGCUCUUAGGAACAAAGGAGGGAUGGUUUAGCGUGUCCUUUUUCCAUACAGAAGAUAAUCAUAGGCAGAAUUAAAAAUCUAGCCAAAUGACUUUAUUUUAAUAUAAUUAAAUCUUUAGUGGUACUAACUGUAUACUAUAAAACCAUAAGUGUUUAAAGAGGCCAGAGGCUAAGCAGUAUGCAAGAUGCAGAAAGAAAAAGCAUUGAUUUUUAAUUCUAUUUUUUAAUUUCUCCCAGGUUUGGCUAACUUUUUCCAAGUAUAAAAAGGAUAGGAUUCCAGGGUAUUUGUUCCUGUAUUGGCAGCUGUAUUCAACUUUCUAUAAUUGCAGCUAUAAAAUGAGAAAGAAAAAUCUCUGAGGCAACCAGCUCUAGAUGUUAAGUAUUUCUUUGGCCAGCACUUUUCAGUUCAAGGUCACACUUAGUUUAUGAGUGAUAUACUGUGGAUAACACUCUCCAAAGAGUUGGUACCAGGAUAAAAGCCACAUUUAAAACCAAUUAAUUUGUAUUAAUAUUACAUUAGCUAAAAUUAAUAUUAUUACUUCUUAUAUAUUUAAAUUUAUUUAUUUAUUUAUUUAUUUAUUUAUUUAUUCAUAUUUAUAUACCGCCCUAUCUCCCGAAGGACUCAGGGCGGUUCACAGGCAUAUAAAACACUUAUAUACAAUUUAAAAUAAACAUUAAAAAACUUAUUCUAAUGCCCAAAUUAUUAAAACUAGAAAUAUAAAUAUUAAGACCAAUUUAAAACCCCUAUAAAAUUUAAAAAUCUACGCCAGUCCUGCACAGAUGAAUAAGUGUGUCUUGAGCUCGCGGCGGAAGGUCCGGAGGUCCGGAAGUUGACGGAGUCCUGGGGGGAGUUCGUUCCAGAGGGUGGAAGCCCCCACAGAGAAGGCCCUUCCCCUGGGCGUCGCCAGACGACACUGUCUAGCUGACGGCACCCUGAGGAGUCCCUCUCUGUGAGAGCGCACGGGUCGGUGAGAGGUAUCCGGUAGCAGUAGGCGGUCCCGUAAA